GUUCCUUACCAAGGCUUUUGUGGUCACCUUUCACAUGUUAUGAAAAUUAACAUAUUUUAUACAGUAUUAUCAACGCAUUUAAAUAAUUUUCCGUGUACUAUUCAAAAUUAUAAUGUAUCGACCGAAUUUAAAAUUAUUAUAAAUACCAAGCGAAAAUUCUUAUCAAACCUCAUUAUUCCCCACGAGAUACUCGCAGAACGUAUAAACCUUUCGCCUUUUACUAAAGGUUUCCGUGUGGGUGUCUCACUGAAGUGGGAUUAUAAAUUUUUGGACUUCUUAUGGAGAAAUCCAUGA